AUGGCAACAUUCGCCACGGAUAAGGACAUCAACUGUAAAGGUUUGCCUAGUCGUGAUACACAGUUAGGCGUAAGUAAUUUUUCAGCUGUUGCUAGAGUUGAAGAUAGAGAUAUUGCGCCGGCAACCGCAACAACCGAAAUAUUUGGGAGAUUCCAGUAUUUGAAGACACUCUAUUAUCCUAACAUAUGCGAAUAUGUGGAUAUUGUCAAAGGCAAACAUGAUCGAAUGUUUGUCAUAUUCGAAUAUCAUAAUUGUAAUGUUGGAGAUCUAUACAACAUAGAUAACAAAGGCAAUGCUCAUGUCACAAGAGUGGAAGUCGAAACCUUGAGACAAUGGGCUUUUCAAAUUUUAAAGGCAUUGAGUUAUCUAAAUGAUAGGAAUAUAAUACAUCACAAUUUAGCACCACAGAAUAUCGUGUUAGCUUCGGGGAGUUACGUGAAGCUGGCUGAUUAUGGAAUGUAUUAUAUGACAAAUAAUGGUGCAGAUGUAGAUUUUCCAAUUGGAUCUCCGAACUACUUGUCCCCCGAAGCAAUAUAUCAUUCGCAAACAACUGAUCCGUUUAUCACUAAAAAGGUGGAUGUAUGGUCUCUGGGAGUAAUACUUGCAGAAUUAUUUACUGGAUCUCUGUUCUGGGAUGCUGGUGUCGACGACAUUAACCAAAUAACUACCUCUCUUUGGGAGUUAUUGAGUAGAUCGGAACAGAUUGAUAAAAAUGCUACUGGAGUGUGGGACAGUUCUGAUAUAUCAGGCAUAUGUGAACCGAUCCUUAAAUUGCUUCAAUCAACUGAAGAUGACGAUUAUACGGAAUUUAGACAAUUUGUCAAAUCUUGCCUAGAAGUGAACGUUUCAAAUAGAUGUACUCCAGACCAACUCUUAUCUCACUCAUUCUUUACGCCAAUUCAUGAAAUUGGAGUUGGUAAAGAAUACAAAUACUGGUGGGUCAAGCCAUUCCUAUAUUCAUCCUGUUUAAGUCUAGAUGAUGAUCAUCCCGAACACUCAAAGGCACCAGACAGAGGAGAUAAAGACAUAUUGCGUGGAAUUCCUCUAUCACAAAUAUACUACUUUUGGAAAUUGGCUGGUGGUGACGUUGAAUCCGAAUUAGCCAAGGAAGAUUUACUACUGAGUACGCCACCAAUCGAACGAAUACCUCGUACAGUAAGAGUAAGCGAUGGCAGAGAAGAGGGUACACGUAAAGAUACGGCAUUCCUAUAUUCAGAUACAAUAUACACUCUAUCACUGAAAGAACUCCGCCAACGUUUGGAAGCAGCGACUGGACCAAAUCGAGAAACAUUUGAAUGGGAUACUGAUUAUUUUUUAGUAGUCGAUACAGACGAUAUGAACUUUCUCGUUGACACCAUGUCAGAUGAUAGCAUCAAAACGUCAGAUGACCAGUUAUUGGAUACAUAUAUUUAUACAGACUCCACUUCUAAAGUUUCGACCAAAUCCGCUAAUAGACUAAUGCAGAGUCCGACUGAUAAUGUCAAAUUGCCAUUAUUAAUUCGAGAGAAGGACGUCGGAUAUCAGUUCCAACGUGUCGCAUUGUUUAGCAAGUUGCUUAAGCAGUACCCAGCAUCGCAUGCAGAGAUUGUUCAUCAUUCAAAAGCCGAUAUUCCACCAUUCUUACGAGGGAAAGUAUGGGCUGCUAUAUUGAAUAUCACGGGCGACUAUCAAGCUGUAUAUGAUGCAUAUGAUAAAGAAAGUGAAAUUGACAGACAGAUUGAUGUUGAUGUUCCUCGUUGCCAUCAAUACAAUCAACUUCUUUCUUCGCCUGUGGGACACGAGAAGCUGAAAAGGUUAUUGAAAUGUUUUAUCAAGGCAAACAAGACACAAGUCUAUUGGCAAGGCUUGGAUUCGUUAUGCACACCAUUUCUAACUCUAAACUUCAAUGAUGAAGCGUUGGCAUUUAGUUGCUUACAAACAUUCGUCCCAAAGUUUUUAAAAGACUUUUUCUUAUACGAUAACUCUCCCGUCAUUCAGGAAUACUUGGCAGUGUUUGGACAAUUAUUAUCAUUUCACGACCCAGAAUUGUCAUCUCAUCUAACUAGGAUGGAAUAUCUUCCUGAUUUAUAUGCUGUUCCAUGGUUCUUGACCUUGUUUACUCACGUUUUCCCAAUCGAAAAGACUUAUCAUUUAUGGGAUAAGAUAUUGGUUGGGCCACCAUCGCUACCACUAUUUGCGGGCAUAGCUAUUCUAAAGCAACUUCGGACUGUAUUUCUCUCUACGGAAUUCAACGACACCAUUAUGGUGCUAGCAGAGUCCUUUAACGAAAUCGACAUUGAAAAGUGUAUUCAGUCUGCAAUGUCAAUGUGCAAAGUAACACCGCCGUCAGUGUUAUUUAGAGUUCAUGAUCCGAAUUCUAAAUCCGAGCCGUCUAAUAAUGAAGAGAACCAACGCUGGUGGGAACAACCAAUUCCAGUCGCAGUUAAAAAGCAAGAAUUAGCUCCCAGAAUAUCAUUAAAAGAUCUUGUGAAGAUUCAGAAUUAUGUAUUAGUUAUUGACACUCGCACGGAACAAGAGUUCUUACGGGGUCAUUUCCCCUUGUCGUUCAAUAUGAACCCGACUCAAUUAGACCAAGUUGCUCCAGUCCUUAGACAGCAAAAAAAGAAAUAUCAUGUUGUUGUUGCUAAACGUGGAGAUUAUGGUCCACAGCAGUUUGCGAAUGAUCUCGUUCAUGCACAUUUCCCACGUGUUGCGGUGCUGACCGGUGGUAUUGAUGUCAUGCGUGUCGAUGGCAAGGAAUAUGUGCCUGUCUGUACGUGUCGUACUCUUAAACAGAUACUGGGACCGAAGAAUAAAGAAAUACAAACUGUAUAUUGGAAAUGCAAGAUUGCACGACAAGGCGUGAAUUAA